AACUUCCGGAAGUCCUUUUCUUUCCUUCCGCCGUCACUGAAGUCCCUUUUGGAUUUACAUCGGCGGUCACCAUGGCAGCCCUCAGGCCCCUUACCAAACCCAAGAUCGUCAAAAAGCGAACCAAGAAGUUCAUCCGCCACCAGUCUGACAGAUAUGUGAAGAUUGCGAAAAACUGGCGUAAACCCAGGGGUAUUGACAACAGGGUUCGCAGGCGCUUCAAGGGCCAGAUGUUGAUGCCCAACAUCGGUUAUGGUAGCAGCAAGAAGACCAAGUACAUGCUGCCAAAUGGCUUCAAGAAGUUCUUGGUGCACAACGUCAAGGAGUUGGAAGUGCUCAUGAUGAGCAACAGGACCCACUGCGCAGAGAUCGCUCAUAACGUCUCCUCCAAAAACAGGAAGGUGAUUGUAGAGCGUGCCGCUCAGCUGGCCAUCAAGAUCACCAACCCCAACGCCAGACUCAGGAGUGAGGAGAACGAAUAAACUGUUCCACAAUAAAUCUGUUUAAAAUGGAA